UACCAAACGACCCCUAAGCAAUCAGUAGAAGCAACGGACCUAUGCUGCGACGACCAAGCGUGAACAAAGUAGAGAAGAUUAUCAAAAACAGUUCAUCUAAGAAAGAGAAACCAAAAAUGGAUCCUCAAAUCUGGCACAAGGUUGCUGCCAUAUCUGGUGUAGCUGCUCUUGGAUUAGGAACUUAUGGGGCUCAUGGAUUCAAGCCCAAAAAUCCCACUUACAAAGAGGUGUGGCAUACUGCAUCACUGUAUCAUUUGGUUCAUACUGCUGCCCUUGUUGCUGCGCCUAUCACUAAACAUCCUAACAUUUUUGGAGGACUGCUAACUGGUGGAAUUAUGGCUUUCUCUGGAACGUGUUAUGCAGUUGCACUUCUUGAAGACAGGAAAUACUCAACCUUUGCCCCUUUUGGUGGCUUUGCAUUUAUUGCUGCUUGGGCAAGUUUAUUGUUUUAGGAGAAUGGAUGCCCAAAGUUAGCAAGCUGCUGUUGCUAAACUUGAUUGAUACUGCAGAUUUGAUGAACGUUUGGUGAAUCAAAAGUGCCCGUGACACUUCUCAGUUUCACUUUCUGUAAAAUAGGAAUGGAACUGGGGAAAUGUCCUGUAAGCAUCAUUCAACAGUUCUUGAAUGUGUAAAAGAUAUGUUGAAGUUCAAUAUACUGAAUACAUAGACUAUUUUAUCCUCAUUAUGGUGGUAUUAAGCGCCAAAGUUGAUUUGAAUUUUCCUAAUACAAAGUUAAUGCUAAAUUCGAGCUUUCACAUUUU